AACAUCCAUGAUUUUUCUCUUUCCACUUCAGAAAUACCAGAGAAAAUGCCGACAGGAAAUGAAUCCACAGUGACCCAUUUUAUCCUUGCUGGGCUGACAGACCAGCCAGAACUCCAGCUACCACUCCUCUUCCUUUUCCUCGGAAUCUACAUGGUCACCGUGGUGGGGAACCUGGGCAUGAUUAUCCUCAUAAGCCUCAGUUCUAACUUGCACACUCCCAUGUACUAUUUUCUCAGCAGCUUGUCCUUCAUUGAUCUCUGUCAUUCCACGGUCAUUACCCCAAAAAUGCUGGUGAACUUUGUGACUGAGAAGAACAUCAUCUCCUACCCUGAAUGCAUAACCCAACUCUACUUUUUCCUUGUCUUUGCUAUCUCCGAGUGUUACAUGCUGGCGGCCAUGGCCUAUGACCGCUAUGUUGCCAUCUGCAGCCCUUUGCUUUAUAAUGUCAUUAUGUCUUAUCAGGCAUGUUUCUCCUUGAUAUUGGGGGUGUAUACGAUUGGGGUGGCAUGUGCCUUUGUUCAUACUGGCUUCCUGUUUAGAAUUCAUUUCUGUAAAUUGGAUGUGAUCAAUAAUUACUUUUGUGAUCUUAUUUCUCUCCUAAGGCUGUCUUGCUCUAGUACUUAUGUCAAUGAAUUACUCAUUCUAAUCUUUAGUGCAGUUAAUAUUCUGACCCCUAGCCUGACCAUCUUGGCCUCCUAUGUCUUCAUUAUUGCCAGCAUCCUCCGCAUUCGCUCCACAGAGGGCAGGGCCAAGGCCUUCAGUACCUGCAGCUCUCACGUGAUGGCCGUCAUGAUCUUCUAUGGCUCUGCGGCCUUCAUGUACCUGCAGCCAUCAUCUGUGAGCUCCACGGACCAAGGCAAAGUGUCCUCUGUGUUUUACACCAUAGUUGUGCCCAUGCUGAACCCCCUGAUUUACAGCCUAAGAAAUAAGGAUGUCAAUGUUGCUCUGAAGAAAAUUCAAGAGAAAAGAGUAUUCUUGUGA